AAAUAGAUCGACUCAGGCGCACGCCGUUCGCGCAAGGAUCCAUGGAGCGUUCCUAAUUUAAAAAUCCAACUUUCAAACUGAAAUGGAACUUUUUGUAGAAUUAUCUCGAUCAAAAUAACCGUUAAGUGAACAAAAUGGAAAUUAAUAUGAAGUUAAGUGUUGUGAAUGUGUUAGUGUUGUGUAGUUUCGCUUACGGAUUCGUGGACGAUAUCCCGAGAAUAUCGAAACUAUGCUGCGACCAGGGCACGUCCUACGCCAGACAGCAUACGUCAGAGGACUGCUCAUCAUCAGCUCCACCGGCUGUCGCACGGGAUUUGGGGCCUCUGUGCCUGUAUGCCAUGGAUGCUUGCUGUAAGCAGUAUUUCCAGAAGAAGAAAGAGUGCGACACAGGUGUCGACAUUGCAACUAGCACGCAAAAUUGUGACGGGACCAUAGAAACGGCACAGUCAUGCUGCAACGAGUGCAAGAGAGGGGUAGAAGCUGCUGGCAGUGGCAACUCCUGCACAGCACUGGAAGGAGAAAGCCAGGACCAACUGCUUUCUGGAGACGCGUUUAAGCAGUGUUGUGUGAAAACCGUCGACCAUAACAAGAAGAUGCAUAUAGAACCUUUGAACCACACCACCGCGGGGAAGCCUGCGCAUCAUGUGUACCCUGCUAUACCUUCAUCAAAAGAGGUGUCCUCGCUAUGUGAAGAAUACGCUCCGAACGAACUAUGCGCGCACCACUGCAUCCCUGUACCAGGGUCAUACAAAUGCGAGUGUAACCCGGGAUACAAGCUCAUGCCUGACGGGAAGAACUGUAAAGAGGUGACGAAAAACCGCUGCAAGCCCCGUAACCCCUGCCAGCAUAAGUGCUACGAUAACGGCGGAGCCGAUGUCCAGUGCUCGUGUAAACGGGGUUACGAGCUGAUGGCUGAUGGGAAGAGCUGUCAAGAUAUAGACGAGUGCACGCACGAGCCGCCCGUGUGCCUGCCCGGCACGAAGUGCUACAACGUCCACGGCUCCUACAAGUGUAUUCCGGUGAAGAACCAUGCUGCUGAGAAGGGGCAGUGCCCUCCAGGGUUUACCAGGAAUCUGGUUAACUUCGCUUGUGAUGAUGUCAACGAAUGCCUCCUUCCGAAUCCCCCCUGCCCGUCAUACCUCUGCGAGAACACGAUAGGGGGGUACAAGUGCGACGGCGUGUCGGGAGACCCGGCGAACCUGGCCAACAGACCCAGGGUUGUGGAAGAGAGAUGUCCUACUGGAUUCAAGACUGGCAUGAAUGAGGAGUGUGAUGACGUGGAUGAGUGUGCAGAACACAAGGACGAUUGCAACCAUCUCUCCCAGUUCUGCAUCAACACCCACGGCUCUUUCUAUUGCCAGGACCAAGCUUCCAAAUACUGCCCACCAGGGUUCAAGAUUAACCCUAGAACGAACAUGUGUGAAGAUAUCAACGAAUGCGAAGACGAGGAUUUGUGCGGAGAUUUGACGUGCACUAAUCUAUUAGGACAGUACACAUGCCAACAGAAACGGGACAGGAAAAAAAAUCAAUGUCCCGACGGUAUGCGACUAAGAAGAGGAACUACUAUUUGCGAAGAUAUCGACGAAUGUUUAGAAGGCACCCAUCUCUGCGACCAGUACCAAACCUGUCACAACACCAACGGCAGUCACGAAUGUAGAUGCAAGCAGGGCUUCGAAGCUGAUUUGCUGACUGGAGCAUGCGUUGAUGUAAACGAAUGUGCGACUGAAAGCCACGACUGCGUCCCUCAGUCGCAGCGCUGCGACAACACAGUGGGAUCUUAUCUAUGCAUCCGUAUCACAUCCUGUGGUACAGGCUACAUCCUUCAACAUUCCACGGGACAAUGCGAAGAUAUAAACGAGUGCGCGCUCGGCCAGGACGACUGCCAGCGGCUCGGGCCCAACUUCAAGUGUAUGAACAUCCCUGGGUCCUUCCGGUGCUCCCGGGUCUUACCCAGCACUACCACCACUACGCUGAACCCGGAUUAUGAAUAUUAUUACGAUUCCGACGAUGAAGAAAUCAACGCGACUCUACCAGAAACGAGCAGUGCAAGGCCAGAACCGUCCACUCCCAAACCAGAACCUAUACCAACCAGUCCUUCUCCGCCUACAACCUCAUCAACAACCCCAGAAACGAGAUCAGAGCGCCCUGAAGACAACUUCGUCUUCACAGACAAGGACCCAGACACGAGAGAAUUCAACUUCGGACCAUUACCCACAACAUCUACCUAUUACGAAACCAGCCAAGAACCAGAGAAACCACAGCCUAAAGAAGAAAAACCACAAGAGCCAGAACCGCCCAAACCUGAAGAAAGACCAAGUGAACCACGACAACCUGAGCUAGUUGAACCACCAGCUCCUUUACCACCAGAAGUUAGGAUACCACCAACUAGUCCUAAAAUAGUAUUAGUUAAUAAGAAGGACGAGGAAACGGCGACAGUAGCGGCCGAGAGGAGACAGGAUGGAUCAGUGUUUGUCGAUACAUCUAAUUUGCCUGAAGGCGAGUGGACGAAGAUCAACGCGAAGCCGAUUCAGUGCCAGAUUGGGUUUGAGCUGGAUUCAUUUGGAGCUUGUUUUGACAUCGACGAAUGCGCCACCAACCGCCAUAUCUGCACCAGCUUUGAGACCUGCCGGAACACCAUGGGGGCCUACGUGUGCGACUGCAACGAGGGUUACAGAAGAGACCUGGUCACUGGCAUGUGUGGGCCCAUGCCUACCACCACACCAGUCACUACUCCAACAACGCCAGCUACUACUCAAAGUACAACUGUGGCUACAACUAAAGCUACCACACCAAAGUAUGAUUAUUGGGGCUCCCGUCGUAAGUUGCCACGGCCAUUCCGACCCCGGAUUCGUUGCGACGUGGGUUACCAUCUUAAUCCCACCACGGACCAGUGCGAAGACGUGAACGAGUGCGUGAACGGCCAGGCUAACUGCGCCGCCGUGGAGAUCUGCGUGAACACCGAGGGCGGCUACCGGUGCGACUGUCCUCCGAACUGGGUGCUGGAUGCGACGCGCCACCGAUGCGUACCUGCCAGGAACGUGCAUGGCUUCCCGCAUGGGUACGGGAAUGAGCCAGAAUAUCAACCUCCAAUCGAGCUGGAUCCUCCGGCAAAUAAGGGUACGAAGUACGUGAAGCCCAUAGUGACUGACCUGGGUAACCGACGGAAGGUCGAGUGCCAGUGGGGCUACAGGCUCGGAAUGGACAAUAUUUGCGAAGACGUUAAUGAAUGCGCCACUGGAGAAGCGAAGUGUGGACCCAUGCAGUACUGCACCAAUCUGCCAGGCGGUUACCAGUGCAGUUGUCCUAAAGGGCACAGACUUGCUGGCGACCAUGAGUGUGCUGAUGUCGACGAGUGUGCUUUAGCUGGUAACCAGUCGAUAUGCUCCCAAAAUGCCAACUGCGUGAAUACAGUUGGCUCCUACCAGUGUCAGUGCCACACAGGGUUCAGAUCAGCUCCCGCCAACGAUAAGGUGUGUGUGGACGUAGACGAAUGUUCGGAGUCUCCAGUAGGCUCUCUGUGCGAGCAGCGCUGCAACAAUGUCUGGGGCGACUAUAAAUGCUCCUGCCAUCGAGGGUACAGAUUGAAUAAAGACAACAGGACGUGUUCCGACGUAGACGAAUGCACAGAAUACAAGUCCAAGAUCCUCUGCAUCGGACGCUGCGUGAACGAGCCUGGCAGCUAUAGGUGCACGUGCCCGGCGGGCUACAGACUCUCUGAAGACAAGAGGAGCUGUGUUGACAUCGACGAGUGCGAAACAGGCGAAGCUCCUUGCGCCAGCACCGCGGGUACAGUCUACGGCGGCGUCAGCGACGUCUGCCUCAACACUCGCGGCGGGUACCGUUGUGAGAGAAUCACAUGUCCGAGGGGGUACCAGCUCGAGAGCAAACAUCGCUGCACGAAGAUAGAGAAGGUCUGUGCGCCUACAGACUGGGAGUGCGCGCACCAGCCCACCACCUACUCCUUCAACUUCAUCACCUUCGUGUCCAAGUUGUACAUUCCUGAUAACAAGGUGGAUCUAUUCACAAUGAAAGGUCCGGCGUGGAAAGACGUGAGAGAAAACUUCGAGCUCCGACUCAAGGACGUCAACGCUCCACCCACCGUCAAAGACAAGGCUGACAUCAACGCUUUUCUUUUGACGAAAACCGGUCACCAGGGUAUGGUGUCGCUGGUCCGGCCGCUGCAAGGCCCGCAGAGCAUCGAACUCGAGCUAUCCAUGGAACUGUACAGUGGCGACAUCUUCGGGGGCAUCGCUGUCGCAAAGCUGUUCAUCUUCGUGUCCGAACACGAAUUCUAGUCCUGGAUGUCACUUUAAUUUUACCCCUUUAGAAAUUUCGACCAAAAAGUUUUUUAGAAUGAGUUAAAGUUACGCGUCUUUGCUUUGGACAUGAAAUGAACUUUAAUCUUUUAAUUCGCAAUUUAAAUUGGUUGAAAUAACUUUCCUCCUCUUUUUCCAUUUUUUCCAAAAUUAUCAAGACAAUCUAGCUUUGUAGGGGCGUGCACGCACUUUCUCGGCAAAUUAUUGGGCUUUAAAUAAGAGUUGAAGUUGUUCAAGUUCUAUACAUAUUUGCAUUCAUGUUGUACUUGAGUUAAAGCCUAAUUUGGGUACUUCUUGGGUAUUCUUAAAAUUUGUCUGAUAAAAGCAUUAAAAUGGUACUUACCCAAAUUACCUUUUGAUAAUGUUCGUUUAUCACGAACGUUUAUUUAUUUGCCAGCCAAAAACCGAACAUAAAGUUAUAUCUGGAACACGAGGGGUUAAGAAAUAAGUUUACUUAUGUCAAAAUAGAAAUUUUUGAUUUAAUUACACGGUUUGAUUGCGUAAGACUGUACGCCUGAAAUCGACCAGUACCACCAGGGGCCCGUUUCUCAAAAACUUGUAACUUGUAAUAAAAGUGGAAGUCCCAUUCUAACAAAAGCUGUCAAAAAGUGACAUCCGCUUGUAUUACAAGUUACAAGCUUUUGAGAAACGGGCCCCAGUACUCGUACCACGAGUCACUGGCAAUGUCAACACUGACAUGUACGGCAACGUCUACGUAAUUUACUUUCUAUACAUAUCGCUUGCACUACGUACAGUACGAGCGAGAUGUAUAGAAAGUAAAUUACAUUCACACUAGCGUUUAUGUCAGUGCCACUGGGAACUCAAUUUUUUUUUCAAAUAUGAUCACCUGAGUGAUCUAAUGAGAUGCUCUUGGUGAUCGUAAUCUCUUGGUGACGCCGAUUCAGAUUUUAUUUGUGAAAAAAAGUCUAAAAGUUAUCUGUACUAACUGUACUUGUAAAAAAUGAAAUUUAUUUCUUUGUAUUUAAUGUACAGUCAGCAGCAAAACCUGCUAAGCCGGCGAGGUGUUCAAAAUUACCUUGACACGCUCUUAUAAUCUUAACAAUAAAAUCGCGUCAAGAUCAUUUUGAACACCUGGCCCGCUUAGCAACUUCUGCUGCUGACUGUACCUAUUUUACUUAAGUACGUAAAACUCGUAAAAGACAUCUUUGUUUUGUCGCCAUGAGAAUGAAUAUUUUUUUGCUUGUUUAUGAAAAAUCUGUUUCACUUAGUUCUAAGCAAUAUGUUUUUGUAAGUGAAAGUAUACGAAUACUCUAUUAUAUUUAGUAGGGAGGACAAUAAAUAUUUUUCAGUUA